AUCUCUCUGGUUAAUGCAUGGGAUGUUUAGAGCCAAUGGUGGUUGUGGUUAUGUGAAAAAGCCAGAGUUUCUAAUGCAAAAGGGUCCGAGAAAUGAGGUCUUUGAUCCUAAAAGAACUUUGCCGGUGAAAAAGACAUUAAAGGUGAAAGUAUACAUGGGGGACGGAUGGCGAUUGGAUUUUAGCCAAACACAUUUUGAUACCUACUCACCACCGGACUUCUACACAAAGAAUUGGUUUGAGAUUCAUUACUCCAGCCCCAACUUUAAGGUCCCUACCCAAUUAACCGAGUCUCCGGCACAAGGCUUGUAG